UUGCUCUUUUUCGCAACGGGUUUGCCGCCAGAACACAGGUGUCGUGAAAACCACCGCUAAACCUAAACCAAAAUGGGAAAGGAAAAGACUCAUAUCAACAUCGUCGUCAUUGGACACGUAGAUUCGGGCAAGUCUACCACUACUGGUCAUCUGAUCUACAAAUGUGGUGGGAUCGACAAAAGAACUAUCGAAAAAUUUGAGAAGGAGGCUGCUGAGAUGGGAAAGGGCUCCUUCAAGUAUGCCUGGGUCUUGGAUAAACUGAAAGCCGAACGUGAACGUGGUAUCACCAUUGAUAUCUCCCUGUGGAAAUUCGAGACCAGCAAGUACUAUGUGACCAUCAUUGAUGCCCCAGGACACAGAGACUUUAUCAAAAAUAUGAUUACAGGCACAUCUCAGGCUGACUGUGCUGUCCUGAUCGUUGCUGCUGGUGUUGGCAAAUUUGAAGCAGGUAUCUCCAAGAAUGGGCAGACCCGUGAGCAUGCCCUUCUGGCUUACACACUGGGUGUAAAACAACUUAUUGUCGGUGUUAACAAAAUGGAUUCCACUGAGCCACCCUACAGCCAGAAGAGAUACGAGGAAAUCGUUAAGGAAGUCAGCACCUACAUUAAGAAAAUUGGCUACAACCCCGACACCGUAGCAUUUGUGCCAAUUUCUGGUUGGAAUGGUGACAACAUGCUGGAGCCAAGUGCUAAUAUGCCUUGGUUCAAGGGAUGGAAAGUCACCCGUAAAGAUGGCAAUGCCAGUGGAACCACACUGCUUGAAGCUCUGGAUUGCAUUCUGCCACCUACUCGUCCAACUGACAAGCCCUUGCAUCUGCCCCUCCAGGAUGUCUACAAAAUUGGUGGUAUUGGUACUGUCCCUGUGGGUCGAGUGGAGACCGGUGUUCUUAAGCCAGGCAUGGUGGUCACUUUUGCUCCAGUCAAUGUUACAACUGAAGUAAAGUCUGUUGAAAUGCACCAUGAAGCUUUGAGUGAGGCUCUACCUGGGGACAACGUGGGCUUCAAUGUCAAGAACGUAUCUGUCAAAGAUGUUCGUCGUGGCAAUGUGGCUGGUGAUAGCAAAAAUGACCCACCAAUGGAAGCAGCUGGCUUCACAGCUCAGGUGAUUAUCCUGAACCAUCCAGGCCAAAUCAGUGCCGGAUAUGCACCUGUGCUGGACUGUCACACAGCUCACAUCGCCUGCAAGUUUGCGGAGCUGAAGGAGAAGAUUGACCAUCGUUCUGGAAAAAAGCUGGAAGAUGGUCCCAAGUUCUUAAAAUCUGGUGAUGCUGCCAUCGUUGAUAUGGUUCCUGGCAAGCCCAUGUGUGUUGAGAGCUUCUCUGACUAUCCUCCUCUGGGCCGUUUUGCUGUUCGUGACAUGAGACAGACGGUUGCUGUGGGUGUCAUCAAAGCAGUGGACAAGAAGGCAGCUGGAGCUGGCAAGGUCACCAAGUCUGCCCAGAAAGCUCAGAAGGCUAAAUGAAUAUUAUCCCCAAUACCUGCCACCCCAGUCUUAAUCAGUGGUGGAAGAACGGUCUCAGAACUGUUUGUGUCAAUUGGCCAUUUAAGUUUAAUAGUAAAAGACUGGUUAAUGAUAACAAUGCAUCGUAAAACCUUCAGAAGGAAAGGAGAAUGUUUUGUGGACCAUUUGUUUUUUUUGUGUGUGGCAGUUUUAAGUUAUUAGUUUUUAAAAUCAGUACUUUUUAAUGGAAACAACUUUGACCAAAAAUCUGUCACAGAAUUUUGAGACCCAUUAAAACAAAAGUUUAA